GUCUCCUUCGUUUCAGAACUCAGAACUUUUCCACGCCUUCAGCUUCACACUUCACAGUACAGAAUAGAAUAACACAGAUUUAGUUUGGCGUUGGUAUUAUUUUAGUAACCUACUGAGCUGUGAUGUGUUGUUAGUGAAGUUUUUGUUCUUUGUUUUCUUGUCAAACAUUAAGGUUGUGUUCAGAUAUUGUUAUGUUCUUAAUUUUGUAACCUGUUGAGUGUAAUCUGUCCAGGAUAUGUGUCACUAUGAAACACCUUUAAGGGUUAUGAUUACAGCAGACACACAAUGCAGUUGAGUGUAUAUCAGGGUCACUAGUGUGUUAUCGUGUCAAUUACAGUUUACCUGGAAAUUCCUCCCUUGAAAAAUGGGUUCCAAAGUGGAGUACGUGGAUUCCUCUCACAUGUACGCCACAAACUAUGUUCGCAACUCAAAAGCAAUCGGAGUUUUGUGGGGCAUUUUCACCAUCUGCUAUGCCAUUAUUGGGGUAGUUGCUUUUGUGACUCCAGAAUGGAUGGGCGAUACACAGGUUUCCGAAAAUCCAGCCAGGUUUGGACUGUGGAGCAGCUGCUUUUUUGGAAGUACCAUCGGAGUUGUGGAGGAUUGUCAGGGAAGACUCAACGAUCUUGGAACUAUUCCUAGUGUACCAUCCAAGGUGGCUACAGUUUUUGCUGGACUUUCCGUGUUAAUAGCACUUCUAACAAUAGUUAUCAUGCUGCUAUUCUUCUUCUUUGCCUCGACUACCGUCUUCCAUCUUUGUGGGUGGAUGCAAGUGAUUUCAGGUGAGUUAUUUAACAUAAGUUUUUUGCCAUAAUAUACUUGAUAAUAUUGUAUUUGUUUGCUUUAUCCAAUAAAUAGAUGA